UUUUAUCUGUAUUGUAAAUGCAGGUAUUGCAUCAUCUUUUUGUAAAUUUUUGAGUUAUUGAGGUAAAUGUCAGAUUUCACGCAUGAAAUACCUCUUAUAUUUUUCUGUAUUUCAUAACAUAAAUUUCCAUGUAAAUUUCAUUAAAUUCUGUUCAGUAAUAAGAAAGUUGAUAUUUUAUAAACUUCAGUAAUUUAUGUUUUUAUCCCCAAAACCACUAUAAUGGGCCUCAAAUUGUCAAUUUAAAUUCGCGCCAAAGUAGUUAGAUUUCCCGGCUAUAUCGUGAAUCCCGUGAAAAUGACAAUAGUCAUAGCUCACGGCUUAGCCGUGAAUCCCAUGAAAUUUAGUAUUUGGCGGGACAUUAUCCUUUAAAUAGACUGGACUAGAUAUGCCUUGCGCACACCACCUUCCGACAUUAUAGACGAAUCUAUGUCUGAAUUAUUUUCUUGCUAGAAAUUUAUGCUCGAUCGAGCUUCUUCCGCCAGACGAUUUUCCUGGUGAUGUCAUAACCCGGAAGUACAAUGCCCGAGGUUCACUUGUCUUCACUCGCCUGGAUGUGAUAUUCCCAGCGCAGAGCUUUCGUCCCAUGGUUGUGCCGUAAACCGCAAAGACGAUGAUUUUUGUUAUCCUCUGAAGUCAGCUCAGGGAUGCAAUCACCUACCACCAUAGGGAGCCAAUACGGAAUCAACGUAUUCACGGUUUAAAGGGACUGGAUUUUGAGAUAUGUUUUGUUUGUGCUACUUAAAGUUCACAAUUACAUUAAAGACCUGUGUCACGUCAGAUUAGAAUGGACUAUAAGAACUUUUGUAUCUAGAGAUACUGAACUUUCUUUUUUUUUUCUUUCUUCUAAUCAGUUUUUUUUUCUUUUCAUAUCUAUUCAUUGUUAAUAAUCAUCUUAUGUAAAUAAAUUUGUAAAUAUUGUAAAGGGUGUUGAUUUGUUCUGAUGGUUACUGUCGCCGGUACGGCCUUUCCUGUCACAAUGGUGUCAGAAGUGGGAUUGGUCGACCAGACACAGUAGCUAUUCGAACAUUAUUAACACCCAUUUAACUGCAGCAAUAAUUUGUAAAGAUUCCUCUUGUUUUGUUCUAUUGGUACACAUAUAAUAGUUUUAUUCAUUUUUCAGAGUGACGUCUUACCUCAGACAAGACAAGACAGAUCCAUUGCUUCAGCUAACCAGCUUUAGUGGUCACAGACUGAUAGACAGUUGCAUACGACACUUGGAUUCUGGGGUGAGUUCGUUCCUUUUAUUUUUCUUUUGGGUUAUUUUGUGUCACUCUAUGAUUAAGCCACCAUAUAUCUGUGCUGAGAGUGAUCGCCCUUGACAAGGAGAGUUAUCCUACUCACUCUUAAUUGUGCGUCGCCCUACUUCUCCCAGUGAUCCUAUUUUGUAUUAGUGUACUGUAUACAUACCAGAUACAGUAUUUUUCUUUGUGUGUGUUAGCAAGAUUGUUUACUUGCAUAUACUUUUACCUACUUUUAAGUUUUAGUGCUACACAGUUGUGUUAUACCUAUACUUUAUCUUAGGAUAAACACUUUGAUUUAUAUUUGUUUUAUUUGUUACACUAAAGUGUUAACACUAGUUACAGUUGAUUGAUAUUUGAUAAGGCUAGGGUAUUGUUGCAGCCUACUGUCACUGUACUUUGUUGCUUGUUGCCUAUGCAACCUUGAUUGACACAUAGUACUGUUGCGCAACUUAGUGUAUUAUUAUUUUAGUGAGGACGUUUUGUGUAGUAUAUACGUAGUGUAUAGUACUUUGUUUUGGCUUCAGUGGUAACUGUUAGAGCCUUAGUGUAAACUAGUGUAGUCUAGUAUUCCCUCACGAUUGUUUAACUAGUGUCUCAGGUUGUUAUAGUAGCUGUUGUACUGUAGUGUUAUAUAGUGUUAACGUAGUGUAAUCAUGACUAGUGUAGUAGAGUUAACGAAGGUAGGAAAAGAGUUAGGUUAUGAAGGAGAGGAGUUACGUAACUUUGUUAAGGAAGAGCAGGCUAGGGAACGUGAGGAAAGACAUAGUAGAUUAGAGGCAGAGAAAGAUAGAUUAGAGGCAGAGAAAGAUAGAUUAGAGGCAGAGAAAUUAAGAGCAGAGGCAGAGAAAGAUAGGUUAGAAGCAGAGAAAGAUAGAUUAGAGUUAGAAGCUAGGUUGCAGAAAGAAAAGAUAGAAUAUGAAAAACAAAGUAGUUUAGAAGCAGAGAGAUUAAGAGUAGAAACAGAGAGAGAAAGAGAGAAGGAAAGGUUAGAAGCAGAUAGGGAAAGAUUAGAGUUAGAAGUUAGGUUGCAGAAGGAAAAGAUAGAAUAUGAACGACGUAGUAGCUUAGAGGCUGAGAAGGAAAAGUUAGAGUUAGAACGUAAGUUAGAAUUAGAUAAGUUAGAAAUGGAAAAGGAGAAGUUAAUGUUAGCUAGGAAGUUAGAAACAGAGAAGGAGGAAGCAGAAAGUAGGAAAUUAGAAACAGAGCAUAAGUUUAAGACAGACUUAGAAAAGAUGAGUAAGAAAAAGGUAAAGGUUAAGAUGUCUCCCUUUGAUGAGAAAAUUGAUUCCAUGGAUGCGUACUUGAAUGUGUACGAAACGUACGCUGUUGCGCAGGAUUGGGAUAAAGAGAUAUGGUCACUUAACUUACCGUUCCUUCUAAAGGGUACGGCAAGAGAGGUUUUUGAUAGGCUUCCGUUGGAAGAUAGGAAGGAUUAUGAUAAACUGAAAGCCGCUUUGCUACGUCAGUUCGAACUCACUGACGAUGGCUAUAAGAAAAAGUUUAGAACUGAGAGGCCUCGGGAUAAUGAGACCUUUGUGAUGUUUCUAGCCAGAAUAAGUAGAUAUUUAGAUGGUUGGCUUAGAUUGAGUAAGGUAGAUAAAACGUACGAAGGAUUGUUAGAUUUUAUUCUUAGGGACCAAUUUUUAGAUGUAUGUAAUAGAGAACUAUACCAGAAUUUGAGUAGUAAGAAGUUAGUUAAAGCUAGGGAUGUAGCAGAAGAUGCAGAUUUGUUUGCAAAGACUCGUGGAGGUCCCAAGUAUGUCGUGAAUCGAACCAAUAAGGACCGGAGCUAUAAACCAUAUGAAACACCUCAGAGACAGUAUCCUAUUAGUCGUAAUGUAGGCACUAGUAAUAGAGGUAGUAGCAAUGUUGCUAAUAGAGGUAGAAGUUUUCAACCCUUUGGUGUACUGAAGUGUAAUAAGUGUGGUCGAAUAGGGCAUAGCUCAUAUUACUGUAGGAGUGGAAAGUACGGCGGUAAUAGUGCCAAUGCAGCAGCAGAGUUAGAGGUAGAGCAGGAAAGUAGUAAAGGGGAGAAUAGAAAUAGUAAGGAAAGUAGAAAUAGAGGUAGAGGCCGUGACCGAUCUAGGAGUAGAGGUAGAGGAAGAAAUAGAGAUAGAGAUAGGAGUAAGUCAAGUAGGUCAGAGAGUGGAAAUAGCAUUAUAGAACUAAGUGAUGUUGAGGAGUUAGGUAUGCUUAGUGUAAGUACAUGUCCUACAAAACCCGGUACUUGUAAUGGUAGGGAUGUAAUCGCUAUGCGGGAUACAGGUUGUACAUGUGUGAUAGUGAAACGGGACUUAGUAGAAGCAAGUCAGUUUUUAGAGAAAACCCGUAGAUGUAAGUACAUAGAUGGGAGUGAACAUAGGCUAGAUGUAGCUAGAAUAGAUAUUGAUUGUCCGUAUUUCAAGGGUACAGUAGAGGCGUUGGUUGUAGAUAAUCCUACCAAUGAUGUUAUAAUUGGUAAUGUAGAGGGAGCUGUAGAACCUCAGUUUAGUAGUUUAGCGUCAGCAGUAGAAACUAGGGCGCAAGCCAAAGUUAAGAAGCAAGUAAAGCUUAAAGUUCCGUCUCAGAUUUUAGAUGUAUCUAGAGAGGAAUUCUUAGAAAAGCAACAGAAAGAUAGCACGUUAGAUCUGUGUAGAAAGAAGGCUGAGGAAGGUACGAUUAAGCAGUGUAGAGGUAAAGGUUCAGUUAGGUUUGAGAUAAGGAAUAGAUUGUUAUAUAGAGAGUAUACCGCCCAGAAUUUAGACAAAAGUAGACAGUUGAUUGUACCUAAAUGUCUUAGAGAAACUGUGAUGAAAGUUGCACAUGAUUCGUUACUGUCAGGCCAUUUAGGUAUAAGGAAAACUAGUGAUAGGGUAUUAGGCGAAUUUUACUGGCCAGGAGUAAUGGCAGAGGUUAGGAGGUACUGUCAGUCAUGUAGUAUUUGUCAACGUACUAUAGCUAAGGGUAGAGUAAGUAAAGUUCCGUUAGGAAAAAUGCCUUUGAUUGAUACUCCGUUUAAGAGAGUUGCCGUCGAUAUCGUUGGUCCGAUCGAACCUAUGACUGAUAGGAAAAACAGGUACAUCUUGACUAUGGUAGAUUAUGCUACUAGAUAUCCAGAAGCUAUAGCACUACCUAGUAUUGAAACUGAGAGAGUAGCAGAGGCAUUAGUAGAUAUGUACAGUAGAUUAGGAGUGCCAGAGGAAAUGCUUACCGAUUGUGGAUCGCAGUUUACGUCAGACCUUAUGGCAGAAGUUAGUAGGUUAUUGUCAUUAAGGCAGUUAACUACAACACCGUAUCACCCUAUGUGUAAUGGUUUAGUAGAGAAGUUUAACGGUAGUUUAAAGCAGAUGUUGAAGCGUAUGUGUAGUGAGAGACCUAGAGAUUGGGAUAGGUAUUUGAAUGCUAUGUUGUUUGCUUACCGUGAAGUUCCGCAAGAAAGUUUGGGAUUUUCUCCCUUUGAGUUACUUUACGGCAGAACAAUCCGUGGACCGAUAACUGUGCUAAGAGAGUUAUGGGCUGGUAAGACGGAGAAUGAUGAGGUUAAAACCACUUACCAGUAUGUUAUGGAUUUGCAAGAAAAGUUGGAGGAUACGUGUAAGAUAGCUCAGCAACAGUUAGCAAAAAGUAGUGCUAGAUACAAGAAGUAUUACAAUAGGAAGGCUAGAGAUAGGAGGUUUAAGGCAGGUAGUAAGGUACUUGUAUUGUUACCUACGAAACAUAAUAAGUUGUUGUUACAUUGGAAGGGUCCUUACGUAGUAGUAGAGGUAGUAAAUAGACUAGAUUACAGGAUAGAUGUAGACGGAAAGUUGAAAACGUUUCAAGCAAACAUGCUGAAACAGUACUGUGAAAGGAAGGAUGAUAGUAAGUCUAUACCAGAUAAGGGUAUUUUAAGUAAGGUUGGAGCAGCUAUUGUAGAGGAGGAUCAGAGAGAUUAUGACCGAUUAGAUCCGAAUGAAAGUAGUGAUGAGUUUUUGAGUAGAGUAGAAAAGGAUAUAGUUUUGUGUCCUAUAAAGCAGGGUACAGAAACGUACAAAGAUGUAGAGGUAAAUCCAGAGUUACCAGUAGAAUGUAAGCAGGAAGUAGUAGAUUUGUUAGAAAAUUUCUCAGAUGUACUGACAGAUAUUCCUGGAAAUACUAACUUAGUUGAACAUGAUAUUCAGUUGUCAACUACAGAUCCGAUAAGAGUAAAGGGUUAUCCUAUUCCUUUUCAUUCGCAGCCAGUAGUGAAAGAGGAAGUAGAUAAAAUGUUGGAGUUGGGAGUAAUCGAACCAUCCAAUGCUCCAUUUUCCUCCCCUAUCGUCCUCAUAAGGAAAAAAGAUAACAGUAUAAGGUUCUGUAUAGAUUUUCGUCAGGUCAACAAACUGACGGUUUUCGAUGCUGAACCUAUGCCAAACAUGGAGGAAAUGUUUUCAAAGCUAUCUAAGUAUAGAUAUUUUUCUAAACUAGACUUGAGCAAAGGUUACUGGCAGGUUCCUUUGUCUGAAAAGGCAAAACCCAUGACUGCUUUUGAAACCCCGAAAGGUUUGUUCCAGUUCCGUAAGAUGCCCUUUGGAUUAGUUAACGCACCAGCAACGUUUUGUAGACUGAUGCGGAAGGUUUUGAAGGACCUAGGGCACUCAGAUAGCUUCAUAGAUGAUAUCCUGGUGUAUACAAUCACAUGGCCAGAACAUGUAGUAGCCCUUACUGAGUUGUUAACCAGACUAAGAGAGGCUAAGUUAACAGCAAAACCGACUAAGUGUUUUAUAGGUUUUCAGAAGUUAGAAUGUUUAGGGCACAUGAUAGGAGAUGUUCAGACCCUUGAACCAGUUCCAAAUAAAGUACAGGCUAUACAAGAUGCCGAGAGACCGAAAACCAAGAAGGCAAUACGUUCGUUCUUAGGUGUAGUCGGAUUUUACAGAAAGUUUAUCCCCAAUUUUGCCGCCAUUGCAGUUCCGCUCACAGAUUUGACGAAAAAGGGUCAGCCAAAUCUUGUAGAGUGGGGUGAAAGUCAAGAAAAGGCUUUUCAGACUUUGAAGGCUAGCUUAAUGGGUCCGCCUAUUUUGAAGUUGCCAGAUUUAGAUCAGACUUUUAUAUUGAGAGUAGAUGCUUCAGAUUUAGGUUUAGGCUCAGUAUUGCUUCAGGAAAGUGAUGGAGAGAAAUUACCUGUAGCGUAUGCUAGUAGAAAAUUGCUACCUAGGGAGCAAAAGUACUCAGUGAUAGAGAAGGAGUGUUUAGCGAUAGUAUGGGCAGUAGCUAAGUUUCACCGGUAUUUGUUCGGUAAAGACUUUGUAUUAGAGACAGAUCAUCAGCCGCUCACUUAUUUGAAUAAAGCGAAACUUAGCAACUCCAGGCUGAUGAGAUGGGCAUUGGCAUUGCAGCCAUAUAGGAUCAGUAUUAGAGCAAUUCCUGGUAGAGAAAAUGUAGGCGCAGAUUAUUUGAGUAGAGUGUAGACAGGUGGCUAUAUUAUAUGGUGUACAGAUAGUGACAGUGUGUGUUUUCUUUUUGUGUUUGCUAUUUUCAGUAUGUCAUUUUGCUUUCAAUUAAGAAAAUUAUAAAUUUUCUUUUAAAGGGGGGACGUGUGUCACAAAUUGACAUACGGGCCUUAUUUUAUCUGUAUUGUAAAUGCAGGUAUUGCAUCAUCUUUUUGUAAAUUUUUGAGUUAUUGAGGUAAAUGUCAGAUUUCACGCAUGAAAUACCUCUUAUAUUUUUCUGUAUUUCAUAACAUAAAUUUCCAUGUAAAUUUCAUUAAAUUCUGUUCAGUAAUAAGAAAGUUGAUAUUUUAUAAACUUCAGUAAUUUAUGUUUUUAUCCCCAAAACCACUAUAAUGGGCCUCAAAUUGUCAAUUUAAAUUCGCGCCAAAGUAGUUAGAUUUCCCGGCUAUAUCGUGAAUCCCGUGAAAAUGACAAUAGUCAUAGCUCACGGCUUAGCCGUGAAUCCCAUGAAAUUUAGUAUUUGGCGGGACAUUAUCCUUUAAAUAGACUGGACUAGAUAUGCCUUGCGCACACCACCUUCCGACAUUAUAGACGAAUCUAUGUCUGAAUUAUUUUCUUGCUAGAAAUUUAUGCUCGAUCGAGCUUCUUCCGCCAGACGAUUUUCCUGGUGAUGUCAUAACCCGGAAGUACAAUGCCCGAGGUUCACUUGUCUUCACUCGCCUGGAUGUGAUAUUCCCAGCGCAGAGCUUUCGUCCCAUGGUUGUGCCGUAAACCGCAAAGACGAUGAUUUUUGUUAUCCUCUGAAGUCAGCUCAGGGAUGCAAUCACCUACCACCAUAGGGAGCCAAUACGGAAUCAACGUAUUCACGGUUUAAAGGGACUGGAUUUUGAGAUAUGUUUUGUUUGUGCUACUUAAAGUUCACAAUUACAUUAAAGACCUGUGUCACGUCAGAUUAGAAUGGACUAUAAGAACUUUUGUAUCUAGAGAUACUGAACUUUCUUUUUUUUUCUUUCUUCUAAUCAGUUUUUUUUUCUUUUCAUAUCUAUUCAUUGUUAAUAAUCAUCUUAUGUAAAUAAAUUUGUAAAUAUUGUAAAGGGUGUUGAUUUGUUCUGAUGGUUACUGUCGCCGGUACGGCCUUUCCUGUCA